CUCCAUCCGAUUGAGGGCAGCGCCUCUACAAUCAGAAACUAGACUCGAACAGCCGUUCAGCUUGCAACCUCAGCUAGCUCUUAAUAAAACGGGUUGGCCUGGCUUACUCGCAUUGGACCUUCUAGGCCUUACAUCCUUUAUGAUUUAGCUCUCGAGAAUCAACAUCAAGGCGACCCAGAACAAAUAAAAAACCCAUUUUUCUAAGCCAUGAACUAUGGAGUCGGGCUGAACCCUGGCUGAACCAGUUGGUAACCAGGUGGUUCGCUCAACUCGAUCGGAUUUCGCUCACGGUGCCAGUAGGCCCAUAUCCAGUCAUAUCAGGUCCAGCCAUGGCAGUCGAUGCAGUCAAGGCCAAAGAUGGGAUCAAUGGGCCUCGAGCAGUUGGGGAUUGGCGGUCCGGAGCGUGGCCGCCGGAUCCGUCCACUGUCCUGUUUGUGGAGCAAUAUGCCCAACGGGUUUUGGAUUUCUCCGCCCAGUACGGUUCCGACGCAAGUUUCUCCUACACGGCCGCCAAUUGCCUCGGCUUACCCGCUCAAUUUCCGUCUUACGGUGAUUCGCCUCAGACUUUCGUGCUUAUGAGCUAUGGUCCAUUUUGGGAGAAGCUGAGCCCCACCGGCCAAUACACUUCACAACGGGGUUGCACCUACCCUGAUUGCCCUUGCCAUGGGUAUUUGAACUUUGUGGACUUGCUCUACCCUCAUUCCGUCAUAGGCAUUGCCAUUUACAUCUAUGAGACCUACAAUCCGGGCUGUGUCCGCGAAAUUUGGGGCGGAGAUUGCCUCGGGAAUUGGACGCUUCUUUGGCGAUCACCCUCUGAUCCUGAAUUUCCUGGACAUCAACCCCGGGCCUUCUCACCGCCCCUACUAGAAUCACCUUGGCCCAUUCAAAUGGUGCGCGUCAUAUUUGAUCAUCGUUGCGCUACCAAUCAUCCGGAAAUAGACGCAGUGGCUCUUUUAGGAUCGUAUCCUCAAACGACCACCCAUUCUUCGCUGCUCGCUUCAAAUCCAAUACUGCGAAUGGUGUUGGAUCUGAGAAUCAAAGCGGGUUCGUCGCAAGACCCCGGGUUUCUCGCCUUACUCGGAACCAAUCUUUCCACGACCAGUUUAUCCGAGUUGCAAACUUUUGCAGAGUCCUCUUCAUGUGAACCGAUUUUGACGGCCAAUGUAUCUCUUGAAUGCCAAAGCUCAUUUGCCUCGCUUCCCAGGGAGGUUUUGUUCAUGAUUUUCCAAAGACUGGAUCUUUGGUCCCUGCGAAAAUGUGCUCGAGUGUGCAAGCUCUUUUGUGAUAUUGCUCAGGAUCCCAAGCUCUAUUCGAAUGUUUGUCUAAAGUCGUUGUUUCACUCAGUCUGUGAUCUUACCCUUGAAAGCUUGGCGCCCAAAAUGACCCUCACCACGUAUCUCAAUUUGUCGUGGUGCGGAAACUACGGAAAGAUCUCGUCAGGUGCUCUGGCUACGUUUCUAGCGACGAUUGGCUCAAGCUUACGCCAGUUGCGCCUCUCUAAUUGUCACGUUGCCAAUGCCCCGGUUUUAACUCAACUAGCCCGCUCAUGCUCGGAUCUGGUGGAGUUGAAUCUCUCGAACUGUCACCUUUUGGACUCGCGAGAUUUUAGCACUUUGUCUGAGCUCCGAAAAUUGAAACUCCUCAAUCUUUAUCGAACUCGCAUAGGUCAGCGAGAACUAAAUACAUUGAUCCGGAGCAAUGAAGGACUCCUCAUGUUAAACGUGUCUGCGUGUCGGUUGAUUGACGGUGAUGAAACUGCUGAAGCCUUGUCCGUUCAUUGUCCAAAUUUGGUCGCCUUGGAAAUGUGGAGAAACUCGUCCCUUACAUGGUCUGGGGUCGACUCGCUAUGCCAGUUGCCUUUCUUACGAGAAUUGGAUCUGGGUUGGUGCACUUCUGUGGAUGCCACCACCGGAUCCCUGGUUCGAUUGACUCAAAAGUGCCCACGUCUCGAGAAGGUUUUCCUAACCGCUCAUCGCCAAACCACGGAUAGAGAUAUCUUGGCCAUGGCAGCCAAGCUGCCGAGGCUCGAACAAUUGGAUAUAAUGGGGACUAAAAAUGUCGGAGUGGGGGCUAUACGCACGCUUCUACGUGAUUGUAGCCGGCUAAGUCUGUUGGACGUGAGUUACUGCGAGUUAUUGGAGGAUCCCUUGUUUCUCAACGAGCUCAAGACGUUCUACCCGGCUUGUCAUUUUGUUUCCUCGUCCAAUUUAUGACCCCGUCCAAAGCAAAACAAUGAAUGCAUUUGGGGAUACCUUAUGCUCUACCAAACAACGGAGAGGUGGCUGGUGCUUAACCCGGUAUUCUUGCUGGCCUUUCUCCACGAAACGUAUAGCCCACAAGCUCUAUACGAGACCGGACUUGAUGACGGCUGCAUGUCGAAAAAAUUGGACGAUAUAUAAUCCUGGCUUCAGUGGUCUCGAUGUCCGAUCGAGAAUCUAGCCACCCAUCCUACAUAGGACCCAAAAAUAAAAAAAGGCAGGAAGACUUUUGGAACAAGUAUGGUUUAUUUAUAUAUGUUUUAUAUAUACUCCGAUGCUAACCAAGUAAUGAGGGAACAAUAUCUUGCGUCGCAUCUUUGCUUGGUAAACUGCGAGUUGCAAAAGGUAUCAAUUGAUGGACCCGUUCAAAUCUGAGGGAGAGGAGUAGACAAUGACUUGUUCUGGUCGAGUUAUAAUUAGAGAGGGUUUUCGGUGUGGAUGGGUGGGGCUUAAUGUUGCGAAUGGGCGAGGAGGGUUGUUUGUAAAUCACGAGCGAUACUUAACAAUCAAAGUUGGUACGAGAAUUGUUCCAUUUUCCGAUGUCGUUCGCUUAAACAAACAGUCCCAAACGAACGCUUUUUGUCGUGUAUUUUCAACUCAAGAGUGAAGCACUAAAUGCUCAUUCAAUGUCAAAAACAAGUUAAAUAUUAUACCAGGAAAGGAAAUGAUAGUGGUAGGAAUAAUAAUAUGAGACGAAAGAGGUGUGUUUUCUAGCAUUAUUUUUCUUCUUCUUCUUCGUGUUGUUUCUUUUCAUGUUUUGUCUAAGUUUCAUUCUUCGAAAGAUUUGUCCGCGCCUUUGACGCUCUUCAACUCGCGCUGUUGCCACCUCCAACAUGUGGAGCAUUGGAACUGUUCGGGGAUCCUUGAGCCAUGGCCGAGUCUUUUCCCGCCCCUCCUCCGACACCCCCGGCAUCCUCAAUGGACGCCCCUGGGCCACCCGCCGCCUCACCGACUCCUCCAGCCCCCGAGAUCGAUCCUGAGGCCGAGGCUCCGCUGCCCGCUUGGGACAAGUGAGCUGGGACAAGCUGACUGUUAAGCGAGGGCUGGAUCUUCAGUUCAUUUUCCGUGAAGUUGAACAGAGGUGGCAAGUCUCUCGAAUUGGGCAACUUGGUGCCCGGCUCUCUUAAUUCAUCAAAGAAAGUGUGGGCACAUGCCUGCAAGGGGGUGAUUCGGGCCGAGGGUGUGUACUCCAGGAGUCUGGACACCAGAUCGAUGGCCUCGGGGGAGGUGCGAGCGCGGAACACCUUCUGCCACGGAUGAGCCUUAAUUUGAGGAAACUUGAACUCUGUGUAGUUGGGGUUCAUUUCCUUGA